AUGAAUCCCGAAUAUGACUAUCUGUUCAAGCUCCUGCUCAUCGGAGACUCUGGAGUAGGAAAGUCCUGCCUUCUGCUCCGCUUUGCUGAUGACACCUACACAGAGAGCUACAUCAGCACCAUCGGAGUGGACUUCAAGAUCCGCACCAUCGAGCUGGACGGCAAGACCAUCAAACUGCAGAUUAAUCACUCAGUACUGCACAAUGGGUCGCUGGCCAAUGGGGACAAGGGUCGCAGAAGAAGUCGCCUGGCUCUUUAUAAGAGACCCAAAGCCAACGGGGUCAAACCUGAUGUUAUCCACAAUGUCUCAACACCUCUGGUGUCAAAGGCACUCAGCAACAAAAGCCAGCACAGCAUCUCCUACACACUGUCACGGAGCCACUCUGUCAUUGUGGAGUACACCCAUGACACCAACACAGACAUGUUUCAGAUUGGCCGGUCCACAGAGAGCAUGAUCGACUUCGUGGUGACGGACACAGCAGGCAGCAGCAGUGGUCAGGGCGGGGGUGCAGCAGGGGAAGGUGGUGGUGGAGGCCAGUCGGCCCAGAGCACCAUCUCCCGCUACGCCUGCCGCAUCAUGUGUGAGCGCAGUGCUCCCUACACCGCCCGCAUCUACGCCGCCGGCUUUGACUCCUCCAAGAACAUCUUCCUGGGGGAGCGAGCUGCCAAAUGGAGGACGUCGGAUGGCUUGAUGGACGGCCUGACAACCAAUGGGGUGCUGGUGAUGCACCCGGCGGGGGAGUUUGUGUCUGAGCCGGCUCCGGGUGUCUGGAGGGAAAUCUCAGUUUGUGGUAACGUCUUCGCUCUGAGGGAGACCCGCUCAGCCCAGCAGAGGGGGAAAUUGGUGGAAAAUGAGUCAAACACCCUCCAGGACGGUUCUCUGAUUGAUCUGUGUGGGGCCACCUUGCUGUGGCGGACCCCUGCCGGACUGCGCCACACCCCCACCCUCAAACAACUGGAGUCCCUUCGCCAGGAGCUGAACGCCGCCAGGCCCCAGUGUCCUGUGGGCUUCAACACUCUGGCCUUCCCCAGCCUGGCCCAGCGCGAGAUCGUCGACAAGAAGCAGCCCUGGGUCUACGUCAACUGCGGGCACGUACACGGCUACCAUAACUGGGGCUACCGCAAGGAGAAAGGCCCCGCCGGUCCAGGGGGCACGGCGCCCGCCAGCACCGGGGAGAGGGAGUGCCCCAUGUGCCGGCGAGUCGGCCCCUACGUGCCGCUGUGGUUGGGCUGUGAGGGAGGAUUGUACCUGGACGCAGGGCCGCCCACUCACGCUUUCUGCCCCUGCGGUCACGUAUGCUCAGAAAAGACAGUGGUGGGGUGGAGCCAGAUCCCGUUACCCCACGGCACCCACGCCUUCCACGCUGCCUGCCCCUUCUGUGGUACUUGGUUGACAGGGGAGCAGGGCCACAUCAAACUCAUCUUCCAGGGCCCCGUCGACUGAA